UCAAGCGAGCUGGGCUCACAGUACUCCAGGAUGGGGCUCAUAUCACUCGGACUGGGCUCACAGGACAGGGCUCACAGUACUCCAGGAUGGGGCUCACAUCACUCAAGGACUGGGUUCACAGUACUCCAGGAUGGGGCUCAUAUCACUCAGGGACUGGGCUCACAGUACUCCAGGAUGGGGCUCAUAUCACUCAGGGACUGGGCUCACAGUACUCCAGGAUGGGGCUCAUAUCACUCAAGGACUGGGCUCAUAUCACUCCAGGAUGGGGCUCACAUCACUCAGGGACUGGGCUCACAGUACUCCAGGAUGGGGCUCAUAUCACUCAAGGACUGGGCUCACAGUACUCCAGGAUGGGGCUCAUAUCAUUGAAGGACUGGGCUCACAGUACUACAGGAUGGGGCUCAUAUCACUCAAGGACUGGGCUCACAUCACUCCAGGAUAGGGCUCAUAUCACUCUGGGGCUGGGUUCAUAGUACUCCUGGAUGGGGCUCAUAUCACUC